AACGUGAAAACGCACCAAUCAGCUUCAGGGGGCGGGUCUUAAUAAAAACAACAGAAUCGCUCCAUUUGCCGAAGAUUCUCCGCGGAAUGAGUUAUCAAUACGGACAGGGUUAUCCGGGACCGGGCGCUCCCCGACACCACCCGCCUCCAGGGGCACCGUAUGGAGGUGGUCCCGCUGUUGGACAGUAUGGUUCACCUUAUGGUGGUGCCCCUCCAGGUCAACAGUAUGGUGGAGGGGCUCCAUACGGGUCUUAUGGUCAGCCUGGUCCAAGAGGACCGUACGGUGGGGGCCAAGCUCCAGGUGGUCCUUACGGAGGCUAUGGACAACCUCAGGGAGGACCGUAUAGUCAGCAGGCACCUGCAGGUAACAUUCCACCCGGUGUGAACCCCGAGGCCUACCAGUGGUUUUCAUCUGUGGAUACAGAUCGUAGUGGCUACAUUAAUGCAAAAGAACUGAAGCAAGCACUCAUGAACUCCAACAACUCCUUAUUCAAUGACGAAACCUGCAUGAUGAUGCUCAAUAUGUUUGACAAAACCAAAACGGGACGUGUAGAUGUAUUUGGUUUCUCUGCGCUGUGGAUGUUUCUGCAGCAGUGGAGGGCGGUAUUCCAACAGUUCGACCGUGACCGAUCCGGAUCUAUUAACAGCAAUGAGAUGCACCAGGCAUUAUCUCAGAUGGGCUACAAUCUGAGUCCUCAGUUCAUUCAGGAGCUGGUGAACCGUUACUCAACCGCUCGUGGUGUGAACGGGGUUCUCCAGCUGGAUCGCUUCAUUCAGGUGUGCACGCAGCUUCAAAGCAUGACCCAAGCAUUUCGCGAGAAAGACACCGCCAUGACCGGCAACGUGAGGAUGAAUUACGAAGACUUCCUUUCUGGUGCCAUCAGCAGACUCAUGUGAAGGACUGCAUCAGGAAUCCAGAAGAUGAUCUGAGUCUGGAUGUACAGCAUGACAGUGCCUUUCAUUGCAGCUUACCCUGAUUUGACCAUUUAUCUGAAAACUAUGCUUAUCAAGCAUCGCCAGUUAGCCAAUUAAAGCACUCGCCGCAAAAGA